CUCGCGAUCCCGUGUUAUUUUUACCUCCUACUAGUCCCUCGUACGCAAUAGAUGUAGACCUAAUCAUUUACUUGGAGGGAUACGUACCAGAUCGCCGGGGGGAGAGUGAAAAACGAAGUUGUGUUAUCGUCAAUGGGCUACCAUGCUGCGGCGUUACUCGCGUAAUACUGGCUGAAUGAAUGCGAUGACUAGUCACAUAUGAGAGACAUUUCGCCGUUUUAGUUUUUUUUAACGUACACUUACUAUUUGUUAAAAUGCACUCUUGUUUUUGAUUUAUGUUGGAUAACGUGGCACUGGAGUUACUCAAAAUUCGCGAUCACACGAAGUGGUCCGUCGACCGAUCGCAAGAAAUUAUCGAAAGACCAAGAUAGCGGGUGUUGUCAUUUUCACACAGAACUUCGGAAUUAGUAAUAAGCACAGUGACAGUGAUUUUGUCAUAUAUGUAUAUAUCUCGCAAAUAAUCAGCAGAUGUGGAGAAAGUAACAGUGAAAUUACAAAAGUCAGCAACUUUUAUUCUGGUUAUAGACGCGAUUAAUUCAGCCUUUUCUUGACUACAAUUGGUGAUGGACAUAUCGUGAUGUUUCCGAAAAGCUCAGGUGCAAUGAAUCAGCCUCAUAAGCCUUUAAGGCAUGAAAAGUCAGAAGAUGAGGACGAUAGGCCGAAUUAUGAGAAAAUGACACCCAAGAUUGUUAUGUCAGAGGAUCGUGGCAGUCAAGAUUCCCUAGAUAGCAGAUGGACGUUGCCAAGAAUGAAAAGUUAUGAUGCAGUAGUGUUUGAUAUGCUUAGAGUCACGCCGGAUGACUUCGCUAGUCAGAUUACUCUUCUGGAUGAACCAGUUUUUAAAUCCAUUAAACCAGAGGAAUUAAUAACAUGUGCCUGGUCAUCUAAAGAUAAACAUAAACUUGCACCAAACAUAGUAGCCUUCACAAGACGAUUCAACCAUGUCAGUUUUUGGGUCGUCAGAGAAGUUCUCACAGCACAGACAUUGAAAAUUCGUGCAGAAGUUUUAGGACAUUUUGUAAAAAUUGCUAAAAGAUUAUUUGAGUUGAAUAACUACCAUGCACUAAUGUCGGUUGUAUCUGCAUUGCAAAGUGCUCCAGUAUUUCGACUUAUGCGGACAUGGAAUCUUUUACAUAAAAAAGAAAGGCAAACAUUUGAAAAAUUAUGUGAACUUAUGUCAGAAGAUAAUAAUAGGGAACGAUUACGGGAACAUAUGAACACUGUGAAGCUUCCAUGCAUACCUUACCUUGGCAUGUAUUUACAAGAUUUAAUUUACAUUGAUGUAGCACAUCCACAUUCAGGUGGUCUAGAAAGUGAACAAAGGUCGUUACAGAUGAACAAUAUUUUUAGAAUAAUUGCUGAAUUCCAGCAGUCAUCUUAUGAGCAUUUAUCAACGUUAAGUCAUGUACAGAAUUACCUCAAGUCAGUCAGGUACAUAGAGGAAUUACAGAAAUUUGUGGAAGAAGACAAUUACAAUUUAUCUUUGAAAAUAGAACCAGCAGACACUGCCAAUGAUUUUAAUAGGUCAAAAGAUGACCUUUCAGCUCUGCCAGGCUCACCAAGCUGUACAAGUAGGCCCGUUCCAACCACACCCUCAACGCCAAAAUUUGUUCCCGGUCACAGAAAGUCGCGUAGUCUUGGAACUAAUUUUCUUUGUCACUCAGCUCCCACAGAGUCAUUUAGUAGUUUGCCAAGUAGUGUAACGAGUAAUGGUUCAAGGCAUCUAUUAGACGAUAGUCUACUGGAAGAUUUUACAGGAAGUCCAUUGGACUGCUCAAUAAAUGGUCAGUCCAGGGGAAGUAGUGAAGGUUCAGUGUCUACAAUUAGUGAUGAUCAAGAUAUGUUAAUGAGGCCAAUUGACAGUUCUUCCAUUUCAAGUGAUGACGUAGUUUAUAGUGACUUAUCUGAUUCUUCAUUUUCUAUUCAAGGCUGCCUAAAACGAAAAACUAUGUUGAAAAAUGGCAAAAAGCCAUCAUUUUCAGCGUGGACACGAUACUGGGCUGGUCUCUGGGGCACAAACCUGGUAUUCUAUGCAGCAAAACACUUAAGGGGGCAAGAGAGGAAUGAUUUCAAGUCGUCAGCGUGUAAAAUAGUCUCCAUUAUAGACUGGGUGGUAGUUUUAACUGAAGAUCUUCAACAUUGCGAUGUUUUUCAAAUGACGGAUCCAUCUAAAGGGAAUGUUUACAAGUUUCAUGGUGGCAGUUUGAUGAAAGCACAACAGUGGUUUAAACACCUUAACCAAGCCAGCAAAGCCAAUCAGGGACCCAAGCCUCCCAAGAACUUGAUGUCUUUUGAAUAG